AAAGAGGAUGAAGUGGAAAAAGUAGUCAAAACGACAAUAAAGCGUUUUGGUCGAUUGGACUUCGCUUUCAAUAAUGCCGGGGUAUGGCAUGCGCCUUCCUCGGUUGGGGAAAUGCCGUCAAAUGUCUGGAACGAGAUCAUUUCAACCAAUCUUAGCAGCAUGUUCUUUUGUUUAAAGCAUGAAAUACCGGAAAUGCUAAAGACUGGCGGGGGCUCCAUUGUCAACACCUCUUCGGGGGCUGGUAUUACAGGAUUUCCUGGGUACGCAGCCUACUGCGCCUCUAAAUUUGGUGUGAUUGGCGUUAGUAAAGCAGCGGCGCUGGACUACGCUGCCUCUAACAUCAGAGUGAACGUGGUAGCACCUGGAUAUGUCGACACCCCAAUGAUGGGCCAAUUUACAGGGGGGACCCAAGAAGGCCAGAAUGCCGCAAUUGCUCAGGAGCCAGUAGGUCGCGUUGGCAAGCCCGAGGAACGCAGGGACAGUACUAUGGCUCUGUUCCGACUUGGCCGCCUUCACUGUGGGUGCUACGUUUGUUGUAGACGGUGCGCAGUCCCUUUAGCGAAUGCAAUGAGAUGA